AUGUGGGCUAACAGUGCAUUGAGACGGCAUCUCCUUGGUGGCCGACAGACGUCGGCCUCCGAGGGCUCGCCAUCCGUACAAAGAUCUCCAUCUCAUCGCGUCUUAAGCUCUACACGAAAGUCGUCUCAACCCUCAGAAGACGUACAACAGGUUCAGGAACCGGACAGAGACGUCGAUGAGGACAGUGUUGUGGUGGCGGCGGCUAAGCCUACCCGAAGACCGGCCCGACCCUCGCAACCGCAACCACAGCGUCCGCCGCCCUCUCGACCACAGGCUCCCGAAGAAGGGGAGGGCGAGGGUCACGAACCGAAGCCCGAACCCUAUUCCUUUUCAUACUCUGUCGACGAUCCCGAGACGGGCGCCGCCAGCAGUCGGGAGGAGUCACAGGACGCCAACGGAGAGAUCACUGGUUACUAUGAUAUUAAGGACAAAGACGGGCGAACCCGACGGGUCGAGUACACCGCAGGAAAGGAUGGCUUUAAAGCGACCAUUAAGUCCAACGAAGAGGGACUGAACAGCAGAGCGCCGGCAGAUGUGAACAUCGAGUUGAGUGAAUCUCCAUCCGAACGGAUCCAGUCUUACGCCCCGAACAACCGUCCGCUCGCCUCAGAGACAUCUAUCAAGGGUUUCGGCCGACCUAUCGGUGCCGGCGAACGCUUUUUCCAACGCUUAGUACCACUUCCAGCGCCGGCAUCACCGGUGGCCACACAACUCAGACCAGCGGAACCCACUUCGGAUGACUCACGCAUUUCACAGACUUUCGAUACUCAACAGCGAAACACCGACGAAGACGAGGACGCGCCUCAAGAGAGUGCGCCCGUCAAAGGCCGCCCAUUUGUCGCACAGCCCGCGCGGCCCGUUGUCAUCGCCCGCCAGCGACCGAUCGGUACGUUUGCGCCCCAACGCGUCCAGUCGUUCCGAGAACGGGGCGGCGUUACCGGUGCUCAACAACUCUUUGAGCCACAGGUCCGCCAAGAAGUGCCCAAUUCUAUACAGGAUAUUCAGCAAUCGGUGCAAACAUCGCAACCACUCAUCACUCCAGCCGUCGGCACAAAGACCGCAAGCGUUCGCACAUUACCCGCAGUAAGACCGGUGUCACCUCUAUUGGGCGCCGCCAGUCCUCAGUUUGCGAUCCCCACACCCGGCGUACAGCCAGUGUUCACGCAGUACUUCACCCGCGGUAACGGUCAGGACAUUGAACUACAGCCCCAGUCGGCGCCCCUAAGCCCGCCCUCUAAU